AUGAUAUCUUCAAUUAAACCGACUUCAUCUUCCUUCUCCGGCGUCUCCACCGGCGUUAGACAGUCAAUUCCGACGAAGCUCUGUUUUUCUCCUUUACACAUCAUCAAAAACUGCCAUAACCAGACCUUCAGCUCCAAAUUCUCUUCUCAUCAAAAGCCUCUCCACAUUUCAUCUAUCCAAAACUUCAAGCGUGAAGUCAGAGUCGAAGCUUACGAGGCCGAUCGAUCGCGUCCUCUCGACAUCAACAUCGAGCUAAUUCCCGACGAACAUUCAGCUCAGAAACUGAAAAUCGGACUUUACUUCGCGACUUGGUGGGCACUUAACGUUGUCUUCAACAUCUACAACAAGAAAGUCCUCAACGCUUUUCCUUACCCUUGGCUUACUUCGACGUUGUCUCUCGCUUGUGGGUCUUUGAUGAUGCUCGUCUCUUGGGCCACUAGAAUCGCCGAAGCUCCUAAAACUGAUCUUGAUUUCUGGAAAACUCUGUUCCCGGUCGCAGUGGCGCACACGAUCGGACACGUGGCGGCAACAGUGAGUAUGUCAAAAGUAGCAGUUUCUUUCACACACAUCAUCAAAAGUGGUGAACCAGCUUUCAGUGUAAUGGUGUCAAGAUUCUUCUUGGGAGAGACUUUCCCUCUUCCUGUCUAUCUCUCUCUCUUACCCAUCAUCGGAGGCUGCGCUCUCGCCGCCGUCACCGAGCUUAACUUCAACACCAUCGGGUUUAUGGGAGCGAUGAUAUCGAAUUUAGCAUUCGUGUUCCGGAACAUUUUUUCGAAGAAAGGAAUGAAAGGGAAAUCAGUGAGCGGAAUGAAUUACUAUGCGUGCUUAUCGAUGAUGUCUCUUUUGAUCCUUACUCCGUUUGCAAUCGCUGUGGAAGGUCCUAAAAUGUGGGCUGCUGGUUGGGAAACCGCCGUUUCUCAAAUCGGACCGCACUUUGUUUGGUGGGUAGUGGCACAAAGUGUGUUCUACCAUUUGUAUAACCAGGUCUCAUACAUGUCCUUGGACCAGAUUUCGCCGUUAACUUUCAGUAUCGGUAACACGAUGAAGCGGAUUUCGGUCAUUGUGGCUUCCAUCAUCAUUUUUCAUACACCGAUUCAACCGGUUAAUGCGCUUGGUGCUGCCAUUGCCAUUCUUGGAACUUUUAUCUACUCUCAGGCGAAGCAGUGA